AUGGCUCACGAAACUCGCGAGACGAACGAGACUUUCCGUCCGGAGCCGGACGUUCUCCGUCACGAGAAUCGCGAGACUCGGGAGGCCCACGAGGCUCACAAGAGUCACGAGGUUCACGGGGCGAUUCGGGAGGCGCGUUGGCAGGUGACAGCAGCGACGGGCGAUGAAGAGGCCUGCAGCGCUGACAGGAGCGCUGACGUGGCAGGCCAGCGUGGUAGGCGCGCUGACGUGGCAAGGCAUGGUCCAGCUGGCAACGAAGAGGCUCUGUGCAUAGGAGACGUUGCUGAUCUGGACUUUAACAGGGGGGAAGGGGUCAAGGUGGGUGAGGGGCAUAGCGAGGUACAGGGCGGUAUGAGUGCGGUGGAACUGGAUUCAGUGCGGUUGCUGGCGUCUCUCCCUUCUCUGAACUCCAGCGACCUCGCUGCUGCCCUGCCUGCUCUCGGCUUUGUCAACCCUCUGCUGAACACAGAGGGUGUUAUGGAGUCGACUCAGAAGUCACCUGCUCAAGCCCAUGUUGGUCCACCGCACGGCACAGAAGGCAUUGCAGAAGCUGUCUCUAAGCUGCCGGCUCACACACGGGGUUGCUUUUCAGAGGGUCUUCAUCAGCAGCAGAUGCAGCGCCAGCCAUCUGACCCGGCUGUAGCGGCAUCUGAUUCGCCAGCGGAAGCACCUGAUCCGGCUGUAGCAGCUUCGGAUCCGGAUGUAGUAGCAACUGAUCCGCCUGCACAGGCAACUGAACAGGUUGCAACCGAACCGGCUGUAGCAGCACUCGACCUCAAUUCACCACCUCUGGAUCCGGCUGUAGCUGCACCGGAACCCAGUACCGCACCGCUUGAUCCUGCUGUAGCGGCACUGUCAGACAUCCAGCUGCCGCCCGGGUUCACAGAGGGCGAGGCAGCAACGGAGCACUUCCCUCCUCCGUCGUCUGACCCGCCUGUUGACACACUAGACCCGCUUGUGGAAACCCAGAACCCCUUCGCUGUGUCUGAGUCGACUCAAAAGCCGCCGUUGUUUGACCCGCCGGUUGACACGCGAGACCCGUUUGUCGAAACCCAGAACCCCUUCGCUGACACCUUGAGCCCUCUUGUGGAUGCUGUGGAAAACGUGCUGGGCGGACGCGGAGAGGAGGGUGGAGGGGGAGAGGGAGGAGGAGGAAGGGGAGAAGAGGGAGAGAGUGAGGAGGGAGCCGGAAAGAAGGGGGAGAAUGAGGGAGGAGGUGUGGGGACAGUAGGGCAAGGAGGGCGAAAUGAUAAUGGGGAGAGGAAGGUUGCAAUGGGGGUUGGGGGCGAUGUAACUGGGCAGGAAGGGGCAUCGGCAUUAUCAUCUCUUCAAGCAUCUCUUCAAGCUACACCGAGUGUUUCUGGAUGGUUUUCAGCAGAGGCUGGGACUAAGACUGGUGCCAAUGCUGCUACUGCCGUUUCUUGUUCUGAUGCUCGUGCUGCUGGAGAUGGUGGUGGGGAGCAAGGUCCUUCAGCUGGUGACACAGCCAGAGGAGGACGGGGACAACCAAGCGACACCAGCAGCGGACAAAAGCCCGACCAAUCAGAGGCAGGGGACGAUCUGUCGCAUGGGUCUCAGCCCGGGGUGAAGCAUGGGUUGAGUGCGGUGGCAGGGAAUGCAGGGGUGCAUGCCAUGCUGCGGCCGGCAGGCAUGGUGGCGCCGCCCUACGAGCACAUGCGCCAGCCGGGCAUGGCUGUGGCUCUAGCGGAUGUGCUUGAAUCGAGGGAGCCGUCAGAAGAGGCAGGUGUGACUGUAGACGAGCAAGGGCUGGCCUCGCUGGGGUUCGCCACUUCGCCCCUAGAGGGGCUGGGUUUAGAAGAAGGAUUGGGCUUUAAGCAAGUGGUGGGCCCCAAGCAAGACUUGGGCUUUAAGCAGGAGUUGGGUUUUAAGCAGCAGCUGAGCCUUGGUCAGGAGCUGGGCUUUAAGCAGGGGCUAGCUGGUGCAUAUGGGGAAGCAGCAGGUAGUGCAGUAGGAGGGUCGGGUGGCAUGUCAGCAGGUGUGCCUCAUGCCAGGUCAGCAAUUCUACCGCAUGCCAGCUCACUGCCAGGUGUGCAGCACGCCAUGUCAAUGGCGCCAGAGCUGCAGCAAGCAAUCGCCUCCUCUCCAACACCCGCUCCCCCCAUCACAGCUCCUCCCCUCGCACCUCACCCCCCCUCCCUUCCUCCCACGCCACCUCCCAGCCCCGUUCCAUUUCUUGCCUCCGUCCCGACCAGUCAUGGCAGCUCCAUCCCUCCCCCAGCAGCAACUGCUGCCACCCAGAUUGCUCUGUCUGCCCAAGCCCUUCCCUCCCACACCCCUGCACUCACACCAACCACUGUCCCCGAAAUGGCACCUGCAACAGUCACCCUUCCCCCUUGGUCCACCUUUACAGUCACACCCCCUGCAGGGUAUGUUGAGGUGCACGCAGGGCGUGCAGGGUGUGACAAUAACGAGAUGCUGCUCAAGAUUGGAGUGGAGGGGACCAAGGAGGUGGUUGUGAGGCAAAGUGGUGGUGACACUAACGAGGGAUUUUCCGUGGAAGUGGGUGCAGGGGAAGUCAAAGUGGGGAUCAAGAGUGGAGAGGAUGUGACUGUAGUGGUGGGAAGGGGAGUAGGGGAAGGCACAACCGGAAGGGUGGAGAAGGGUGGAUAG